CCCCCCUCUUUUCCAGUUCCUUCAUAGCCCCUCCCUCUGCUGUGACGGCGUCAGCCCCCACCCCAGCCUUCCCCGUCAGAGCAGCAUCUGCAGUCCGUCUGCAGCAUGGCGUCUCUCGGCCUCCUGCUGCUCGGCGCCGCUCUGAUCUCUGCUGCUCAGACAAUUCCUGCAGGUCACGGUCAAGGGCGUGGCUUUGAUGUAUCAGUGGGUGGAGCCUCACGCCAUCGCCGACAUGUGCCUGACCUGCUGCAGUACGAGGACAAGAUGAUGUUCUAUCCUUCGGCUCAGACAAAGGGCAGGGCCAACGACCUGCUCUACCAAUCACAGGCCUGGGGGGACAGGGGGCUGGGCCAGGCUCUGCAGCGAUUGGUGGAGAGAGAUCAGAGGAGGGAGCAGGAGGAGGACCAGAAAGCAGCUUACCUGGCAGCUUUGCUCCGCCUCCUAAGCAGUGCUGAAGGUGCAGGACUGUGGGAUGUGGAAGUGUUAGAGGAUGAAGAGGACAACCAGGAGGAUGUUGUCCCAGACUACGAUGAAACUGGGAGGGGACUGAGCUUCAGGAGGCCCCCCGCCGGCUGGCAGAGGCUCGUGGAGCCGCGGUUGGCUGAGGCCUUGCUGGACAGGAUGGACCUUCAGCUGUUUCAGAGUCUGCUGCAGAGAGCUGGGAAAACACGGGAGGUCCCAUCCAGACGAAGCAGCGAGCAGGACACUCUCAGGAGGUUGGUUGCUAGAAUACUUUCCACCAUGGCCCCCCCAGCCCCCCCAGAGGAGGCUUCGUACAGCCGCAGACGGAGGAAGAGGGACCUGUCGCUGCAAACCGCUGAACCCAUGGGCUCCACCCGCCGUGCCCUUAGUGACGUGGCCUCCCCGGGGCCCAGCAUCGACCCCCCCCUCCUUAGGGUCAAAAGGCUUGAGGGGGAGGAUGACGAUGAGAAGCCCCUCCCCUACGGGGCCACACUUCAGAGGAUUAAACGCAUCGACACCUCGGCUGAAGAGAGAAGUCCUGGGAGUGGUCGGCACAGAAGAGCUGCUCUGAACUACAACCCCAAAGUACUGCGGGAUCAGAUUCUGGAGUACAUGCGGGGCUGAGGGAGGGAGGGGGGGGUCCUGCUUCUGUCUGUCUGGUUUCUUCUUCUGCUGUCAUGAAAUGUGCGUCUGUGUAAGGCUCAACGUUAGCCCAGGUCCUCUGCAGGUGUCAUACCCCGUCACGUCCGUUCCAUAGAAACAGCUUCUGAGAUCCAGCUCGGUCUUUGUAAUCACUAUGGCCAUCACAGUUAGCCAGUAAAAAGUCUGUAACCAUGGCAACAGAUUCCCAGCUCUGUCAUUGGUUGCUCCCUGGGCUGUGAGGAGUCAUCUGCUGUCACAGUAAGAAAUAAAGUGAGUGAAGUCCA